AUGGAUGUAUACAAUCUUUCCACAGUGACUCAAUUCAUCCUCAUCGGACUCUCUGACCUCCCUGAGGUACGCUACCCACUCUUCGUGGCCUUCAUAAUCAUCUAUCAGAUCACUUUGCUGGGAAACGGUGCCAUCCUCUUGGCCAUAGUGACUGAGAGAAAGCUUCAAACUCCCAUGUAUUACCUGCUUGCAAAUCUGUCCCUGCUGGACAUAUUCUGCCCAUCAGCUACUGUCCCCAAGAUGCUCAAGAAUCUCUUGACUGAGGAUCAUAGCAUUUCCUUUGUUGGGUGUGCUCUGCAGCUCUAUUUCCUGGUGGCCUUGGCUGGGACUGAAGUUUUCUUGCUGGCUGUGAUGGCUUAUGACCGGUAUGUAGCCAUAUGUUUUCCUCUCCGUUACUCCCUCAUCAUGACCAAGGUUCGCUCUGUACAGCUGCUGUUUGGGACCUGGGCAGCUGGGUUUCUCAAUUCAUUCAUGCAUACAAUGACAACCUUCAGCUUGUCUUUCUGCAAGUCCAAUCGAGUUAACCAGUACUACUGUGAUAUCCCACCUGUGGUUGCCCUCUCAUGCUCAUCAACCUUCAUAGCAGAACUGCUUAUUUUGUUGAUGGGCAGUAUCUUUGGGGUUGGCGCUUUUCUGAUCACUUUGAUUUCCUACAUAUACAUUGUCUCCACCAUCCUAAAGAUCCAAUCUGUGGAAGGGAAGCGCAAAGCUUUCUCCACAUGUGCUUCCCAUCUUCUUGUAGUCUUCUUGUUCUAUGGCACAACCAUUUUUACCUAUAUCCGCCCCUCCUCCAGUCAACACUCUCCUGCCAGAGACAGACUCAUAUCUAUGUUGUAUGGGGUCAUUACUCCCAUGUUAAACCCUAUUAUCUACAGCCUGAGAAACACAGAAGUCAAAGGAGCUCUCAGAAAAGUUUUUCAUCGUAGUAUAUGUCACAAAAAGCAUGAUUUAUAA